CGAAGCCCUGCAGGACAGGAGGGAAGGAGGGGAUGCUGGCUUGUGAGGACGGGACCGGAAGGAGGGACUGUGGGAUGUGAGGUGGAUCCUACCGCUGCUUGCUUUGCUUGCUGUUCAUAAAUCACCCAGAGUUUAUGUUCUGAGGAGGUGGCCCAAGUCUCGGGAUAGGAGAGGAAGGGGGUUGGCUCAAUUGUCACAGCAGCGAGUAGUGGAUCAUGGUGGUGAUAUGAGGAGCUCCAGGACUCCCAGUCGGCUCACAGUCGCGCUGCAGUUCCUCUGAAGCAGUGCUGCUCAAGUUGGCUCCUGUCUGUUGAGAUGCUGCAAACAGAAACACAGUGAAGGGGUUCAUGCUGGUGAAAUUGAUCUGCUCAGUGAGCUCCAACCAGAGCCAUGGGGAAUACCCAGACUGCCGCAGCGAGAGGGAGUCCGGAGGGGAGGCGUCUCUCCUGGUGUCUCCCCUGGUGGUAGCUGGGAUUGUUAUAGGACUGGUCCUCUUCCUCUCCUGCAUCACCAUCAUCAUCGGCAGCCUGCGGAAAGACAGUCAAAUCAGAAACCCACACUUUAACGCCAGCUACGGACACGAUGGAUUUUCCUUUGGUGGUUCAGCAGGGGAACUGAGGUCCAGCUGCAUAGAGGACUUUCCUCCUGCUUUAGACUUUGAUUCCUUCAGAGAGAGUCUUCCACAGAUUACCAGCCUGUUUCCUGACUCUCCACCACGCUACAAUGAGUGUGUGGGACCAGAUUUGUCUCAGAUCUGCAUACCAACCGAUGACCCGCCUCCAUACUCACUGUUGGACCCGUGCUGGAGCCCGGCCCGCUCAGAGGAGCAGCCUCCACACUCGGGUCCACCAGAUGCUUCACAGUACUGUGGAGAGACGUCCGCCAGCAUUGCCUGGUCCUCAUCGUCCUCCUCCGCUUCCUCCCACUGUGCCCUGGGACUACAUGAGCGGGAGCAGCAACACAUUGCAUGUAUUUCCUUCCCAACGCCCCCUUAUGAUGCAGUGCUUGGAAAGCAGGGACAGCCCCUACCCCUCAUGCCAUGUAACCUUAACAAACACUCAGACAGGGACUAUGAUGAAAACUCCCAGCAACUCCCGGCCAACCACAUCUCCUAAGACCGUUGGUUUGAUUUCCUCAGCUGAGUUCUCAGCUGUCUCCUGGUUAUUUAAGCUAACACUUAGUGAGCAGCUAGGCACCAAGCAGUAGAAAGGAACAAUGUCUGAAUAUCUUCCAUACAGUUGGUAACACACUAUUGCCGUUUUAAAGCAAGAGAAAAUCUUUUUGUAAUAAUGAGGUGGUUCAUCCGAAAUGAUUCUUCGCUGACCAACAACCUGUUAAACUACACAGCUCUGUUAUUUCUUUAUAUUUUUAAGGUUAUUAUUAUGGGAUACUAAUCUUCCACAAGGUUAUUAUAGAUGGCAUUUGUCUACCAUCUAGUUGACAUGGUCUCAGAUUUCUUUACAUUUGCUCUAGUAUUAUGUUCAAAACCAACACAGGAGUCUAGACAUUAGACUCCUAUGUUGGUUUUGAUUGGUCACCAAUGGCAGUUCUGUAACGAUGGAGUCCCGAACAAGCCCCCUUUUUCUGCUCAUCCCUCCCUUUGUCCAAUCACAUCCACUAACAAAGUAAAUAUUAGUUAUGGGGUGUCAUUUAUUAACAUACACAGUCAAAAAUUAACAGCAAUAACUAAAUCCAAGUUAAAUAUUCCAAUCCAUUCCAGCUUUAGUUAUAAAGCACUAUAAAAACAACACAGAUGACCAAAGUGCUGUACACUAUUAUUUUAAUUGAGAAUUAAAUAUUUAGCAUAAGAGAAUAAACAUUUAGCUCCUAACUAAAUAUUUAGUAAACUAGCUAAGUAUUUAACUCCACACUAAGUAUUUGGCUUGCUAAUUAAAUAUUUAGAUUCUUAACUAAAUAUUUUAGUUUGUAACUAAAUAUUUAGCUUCAGAAUAGCUGACCUGGCUAGUGAGCCAUAUCACCCCUAUCAAAACCUGCUACUGAUGUUUAGUAACUUCCUGUGUAGCUUUGUAGUAAAAUAGGAUGAAAUAACCAGUAGUCUACCUGGACAUGAGGGGAGAACUAAUAAAUCGCCAUUCUUCCUGUGGAGGUUAUUAAAGUUUUCAGCACAGCAGAAUGAUGAUGGUCUGAAAUUCUUGCUAAUGCCAAUUAAUUGCACCCUGAAAGUGUGGAGAGACUCGGCUCCAUCUGUUUUGUCAUAAUUCUUCCAAUAAAGGGCUCUGGUUUUAAUUUCAUGCUAAAACUGGAGCCAAGCAGCAACAUGUAGCUUGGAGCCUUCCCUCCCUGAGGCUGGCCUGAUGCAACAAGGACUUUAACACAUUAACCUGUAGACCCACUGCAACUCACUGCUGCUCCACAAAUAGAGUUCUGCUCCAAGAAGGAAACAGCUGUGUAUCACAAGGAAAAUUACAGUUUGGAGUUUUAUAAUCAAUCAAUCAGUUUAUUUGUAAAGCACAUUUCAGCAGCAAGAUAGUUCCAGGUGCUUUACACCUUAAACUGUCACAAAAUUACAAAGUUCUAAAGAAAACAGUAAACAACUGAACAGACAUUACGUUUUCACCAAAAUCAUGCACAUAAAAUAUGUUGGUCAAUAUUUAAAUAUGUCGGUCAAUAUUUAAUUCAUUACAGUUCAAAAACAACUCAUUCAGGUGGGUUUUCAGUCUUAUACAAAUCUGAAAAGUGUGGUGUGCAUAUGUAUUUAGCCUUAAAAUAUAAGCUACUCAUUUGUUAAAUUGAAUAGCUUAGAUCAGGGGACUGGAGUUUGAGACCCCUGGCUUAGAGUAUAUAUUCAUGUGCCAUGCGACUGACCGGUACAGCGCCCACUUGACGGCAGACUGUCGAUCCGCCUGCCGAUCUCCCACUCCCUUCUUCCCUCACUCGUGAACAAGAUCCCGAGAUACUUGAACUCCUCCACUUGGGGCAGGACACCCCCCUGACCCGGAGAAGGCACUCUACCCUUUUCCGGCUCAAAAAGUUCAAAUCAAGGUCCAAUUGAGAAUCUAUUGAAGAACUUAAUAGUUGAUGUUCAGAGUUAGCGUCAUCUGGUUUGACUUAGCCUGAGUUACUUUUCAUAGAAAUAUAGUGAAACAUGAGCAAAGCUGAUAUACAAACCAAAGCUAGCUUCUAGAAGCUAUGGAUUGCUUGCACUCAAUUCCAUCCAUCCAUCUUCUUCCGCUUAUCUGGGGUCGGGUCGCGGGAGUAGAACCUUCAGAAGGGAGGCCCAGACUUCCCUCUCCCCAGCCACUUCUUCCUGCUCCUCCGAAGGAAUCCCAAG